AGUGUGGGCUGCCGAUUUGCCCCUAUCCUUAUCUAUCCACGGGACUCCACUCCCCGCACUGCCCUCCUCCCCACUCCCUCUCCAAUGCCGCCGCCCAUGGCGCUCUCCGUCUCCGUCUCCUCCUCCGCCGCGGCCUUCGCCCCGCGCCACGGCCUCCCCUCCGCCAGCCCCGCGCCCAGCCGCCUCCUACGCGCCGCCCGCGCGUUCUCGACGGGGUACGCCGCGAGCUUCUACGGGGGCGCGGCGUCCGCGACCCGCACCCGCGGCCGCGACGACGAGGAGGUCGGGGACGAGGACGGGUCGUCCUCCGGUUUCGGCGGGAUGUCGGCCUCGGAGGCGGCGAUGGCGCUGGAGGAGCGCGAGAUGCCGCCCUGCCCUCCGGGCCUCCGCCAGUACGAGACCAUGGUCGUGCUCCGCCCCGACAUGUCCGAGGAGGAGCGCCUCGCCCUCAUCCAGCGCUACGAGGAGCUGCUCGUGGCCGGGGGCGCCAUGUACGUGGAGGUGUUCAACAGAGGGGUCAUCCCGCUGGCUUACAGCAUCAGGAAGAGGAACAGCAGGACCGGGCUGCCCUUCACCUACUACGACGGCAUCUACCUCCUCUGGACCUACUUCACCAAGCCCGAGUCGGUGGACGCGCUGCAGAUGAAGUUCAACGCCGACGACGACGUCAUCCGCUCGACCAGCUUCAAAGUUCGCAAGAGGAGAGUCUACUAGAGGGACCAGGGGUGUAAAAUUGAAAGCUCCAGGUUUUCUAGUUGGUGUUUAUAUCAUACGAGAAUGCUACUGCCGCCCUGGGUGUAGAUGUGUAUGCCUUCUUUUGCAAUUGUUGGAGAAAAUGGUGUCAUCUGUUUUGUUUAUAUUCUAGAAGAAAUUCAUGUU